AUGGCAACAAAUCGUUCAGUGCCCAUUGUUGUCAUUUCAUCGGAAAACAUUCCAAAUAAAAUUCGUAAUAUCGAUGAUAUCGAAUAUGAAUUAUCACAGAAUUGUUCAGCACUUAAAUCAACACCGUCAAGAAAAAGUAAAGGUCGAUCGUUAAUCAAAUAUAAAAGUGCUCCACCAAUUCCGAAUAUAACGGAUGAAAAUAAUGAUAUAAACGAGCAUGAAAUUACACGUUUCCAUGUUAUUUCACAUAUUUUACCUCGAUUUCCUGUUCGCCACGGAAUUCUCAAACACAAACGUAAACAUACAUCAAAGAAGAAGAUUCUCACCGAGAAAACAUCGGAUAACAUUAUGCAACAAGAAAACAUGGAUAAAAUCCUUCUCGAACCAAAUCUGUCCAAUGACGAUGUUGACUCGGCGAAGAAGAAAAAAUUCAAAAGCAGUCUGAUUCAAUUGACGCCCGAUGAUCUUCAUCUAACAGCAAUGAAAAACCAAGAGAAAGCCUAUCAUGGCAAGACAAGUGAAUACUUAAUGGUGGAUAUUCUUCAUGGUAAUGAAUUCGAAGAAUGGUUCCGAUACUUAAGAGCGGGAUUUAAUAUUCUCCUUCAUGGUGUUGGUUCGAAGAAGUCUCUGCUUUCACUUUUUUUCAAGAAGUACUUGAAGAAUGAAUAUCUCACCUUCAUUAUUCACGGCUUCAUGCCAAACACUUCCAUCAAACAAGUUCUUCAAACAUUGUGCUCAUGUCCAGAGAUAAAUAUCAAUGCAGCAAGUAAUAACGACGAGUGUAUGCAAGAUUUUAUUAAGCGAGUGGAAGAGAAGAAAUUACAUGUUUAUUUGUUGAUUAAUAAUAUCGAUGGAAUCAAUUUUCGUAAUAGUAAUAUCCAAAAUUUAUUUAAAUUAGCAGCGCAAUCUCAAUACAUUCAUAUACUUGCUACGAUUGAUCAUAUACAUGGACCGUUAAUUUGGAAUCAGCAAAGUCUUACCAGUUUCCGGUGGAUAUGGUACGCUAUCCACACGUGGUUACCCUACAUUGAUGAAACAACCAAUGAAAGACUUAAUACAAUCCGGUCCAAGACAAGUCAAUUGUCAAUUAGUGCUGUCGAACAUGUUAUCGAAAGUUUAACACCGAACGCUCGUCGUAUCUUCCGGUUACUUGUGGAAGCUUUCUUGGCUAACGUUAGUGCCAAAGAUUACGAAGGCAUGAAAUUUACUGAAUUAUAUGAACAAUGUAAACGUUCUUUUUAUGUUAAUAAUGAACAAAACCUUCGUUUACAAUUAAUCGAAUUCAUCGAUCAUCGUCUAGUCAAGCUUGGUAAAAGUGCAACUGACGGACAGGAAAUCGUGCGAUUAUUAAUUGCCGAACAGGAUAUUGUCAAACAAUUGUUAGAUAAACUCAAUUAA